AUGACUUCGCGAAGGCUCCAUUCCAGUUCACGAGCACCCAUUGCAGAGAGCUCGGACGAGUCGACUCGCGUCGACGUGCCGAAAUCUGAAAAGGUUGCCUCAAAGGUGUCUGCUGGGGAGAGUGGGAUUCUUGUGGAUGAGUUUGGUGUUAUCGAGAAAAUGACUGUUCAGGAGCUCAAAGCGAGGUUAAGGAGUAUUGGGGCUCCUGUGAAGGGUGCUAAGCACGAACUUGUCUCUGCAUUGAAGAGCUUUAUGAACAGUAAUGCUGAUGGCAAAGUUGUAGUUCCUUCAGAUGAAGAAUACCAAGUUAUCUCCAAAAGGAAGGUCGAACGAACAACUGAAACCCAUAGUGAUGAUCAAGUUGCAAACAGUGUUUCAGACAUUUCAGGAAGUAAAAGAACAAAAAGGCAAGCAAAAUCUUUACGGAAUGAGGAAGAACUGAUUGUGGAAUCAGUUGAAAUAAAAGAUGAAAAAUCAAGACAAGGGGAUAAGAAAGUCUCUUCAAGGACCACGAAAGCUCGUUUGAAUGUCGAGCUUUCUGUGGAUGAGCCUUGGACUGUUCUUACUCAUAAGAAGCCACAAAAAGAAUGGACGGCCUACAAUCCUCGGAAUAUGAGGCCACCGCCUAUUGAGGCCGAUACUCCACAUGUGAAGCUAUUGUCUUGGAAUGUAAACGGGUUGAGAGCUUUGUUGAAGUCGGAGGGUUUUUCGGCUUUGCAACUUGCGCAUAGAGAAAAUUUUGACGUGUUGUGCUUGCAGGAGACAAAGUUACAGGAGAAAGAUGUUGAUGCAAUCAGGAUAUCUCUCCUGGAAGGUUAUGAUAACAGCUAUUGGACGUGUAGCGUCUCGAAAUUGGGUUAUUCAGGAACAGCUAUCAUAUCACGGAUAAAACCUCUUUCUGUAAGAUAUGGUUUGGGCAUUGCGGAUCAUGAUAGUGAAGGCCGCCUCAUGACUGUAGAAUUUGAUGACUUCUAUUUAUUGAAUAGUUACGUUCCUAAUUCUGGGGAUGGUCUAAAACGACUGUCAUACAGAAUAACCGAAUGGGAUCCUUCUCUGAGCAACUAUAUGAAAGACCUGGAAAAGUCGAAGCCUGUUAUUCUGACCGGUGAUUUGAACUGUGCUCAUCAAGAAAUAGACAUUUACAAUCCGGCGGGGAACAAAAGGAGUGCAGGCUUCACAGAUGAAGAAAGAAAGUCAUUCGAGGCGAACUUUUUGGACAGGGGCUUUAUCGACACUUUCAGAAAACAACAUCCGAACGUUAUUGGCUAUACAUAUUGGGGUUACAGACACGGUGGAAGAAAAACCAACAAAGGGUGGCGACUCGACUAUUUCCUAGCAUCAGAAUCUAUUGCAGAACGAGUACAUGACUCGUACAUUCUUCCUGAUGUGGCUGGGAGUGACCAUAGUCCCAUUGGUCUAGUUCUCAAACUAUAA